AUGAAGCUGGUGCUAGAGCACCUACAACCGGCCAAUGUGCCACUUGUCGGCUUCUCUGGGAACGUUGUUAGACCGGAGGGAAGAAUCACCCUACCAAUCACGGUAGGAACAACACGGCAGGUGACGAGGAUGACUGAGUUUCUGGUUGUGAAGAUCGGCUCCCCUUACAACGCCAUCGUUGGUCGGCCGACCCUUAACGCACUUAAGGCAUUCAUCUCCUCAAACCACCUCACCCUCAAGUUCUCCACUAAACGCGGCAUCGGAGUUGUUCGUGGGGACCAACAGAUGACCCGACAUUGUUAUGUGGCAGCACUGAAGGGCAAGAACAAGGAAACUUUACCGUUAGAGGGCCUCAACCUUAGGGACGAACCAGCGAGCCGAGGCCAAUUGGCCGAGGACCUCGUCUCGGUACCCCUAGACGAGGACGAGCCCGAGAAGACGAUACGCGUUGGGUCCAACUUUCCUCUAGAUAGCCUUUUUGAAUUGGUAAGUUUCCUCAAAGAUAAUGCCAAAGUCUUUGCUUGGUCUACUACUGACAUGCCUAGAAUUGACCCUUCGGCCAUUACUCACAGAUUGAGCGUGGGCCCGAGCUCUAGGCCAAUUCAGCAGAAAAAGAGGAAUUUUGCACCAGAAUGUUGGAAAGCCAUCAGCGAGGAAGUUGACAAGCUACUUGACAUCGGCUUCAUCCAAGAGAUCAAGAUGCACCCCGAGGGCAAGGAGAAGACUUCAUUCAUCACGAGCAUGGCACUUACCGCUAUAAGGUCAAUGCCCUUCGGCCUCAAAAACGCCAAAGCCACCUACCAAUGGCUUGUGAACAUGGUUUUCAAGCGCAAAAUGGGGAGAAACGUUGAAGCCUACGUGGAUGAUAUGGUUGUGAAGAGCCUGAAGGCCGACCAACACACCUUGGACCUAGCUGAGACCUUUUCCACCUUGCGGAAGUACAACAUGAAGCUUAAUCCCAGCAAGUGUGCCUUUAGCGUCACUUCAGGCAAAUUUUUGGGCUUUGUUACACAAUAG